CUCGCCAUCAUUUUUAGUUAAAUAACCGGUGUUAAGGGUGAAAAACACCCCGAACGGAAUAAGGUCGUGCUCUAGCAAUGAGUUCGGCUUUAAUAAAAGAUCACCAUCAUUUUAAUUAAAUGAUUGGUUUUACUGGGCAUAUCGGUCCACCCCCGAUCGGCCUAAAGUAGCUAAAGCGUCUCGCAAGGGCAUUGCCCGAUGACGUAUUUUGACUUGGAGACUACUCAUGGUCUCGUUCGGCAUUGAGUGCCCGAACAGCAACUGUACCCAGUACGGGGCGAAAUACGUACUUGAAUACCCGACAAAACACUAGGUGGUUCGAGUCGUGGACUCUAACAGAUCAAGAAAUGAAUCUAGGCCAAGGGUUAUCAUUACCGCUUCGGCCGAUAGUCAUGGAUGAAAAAUAAAGAAUAAAAGGGAAAUGUUAAACAUGUGUGUAAUUGUAUAUACUUGUAUAUGUUGUUCGGCCGUACGGCCGUAUUACCAUGCUUACUGUGCAGUGAGAUUCUUGAGAUAUUCUCGAACGGGAGGUCAUGAUUCACGUAGAUGUUCAUGACGAUGCAGCAUGAAACGCGUAGACGUUCAUGCCCGACAACAAGAAAAGAAUCACAUUUAUUCAAAGACGUUCAUAACGCACAGAGAUGUUCAUGACGUUCGACGUGACGCGCAGAGACGCUCAUGAUUGGCAACAAAAAGAAGGAACAUUUACAUUUAGAGCCGUUCGGUCAGACCGGACGGGAAGAUCGGGAAACGCCAAAAAAAAAAAAAAAAAAAAAAAAAAAGGAAAGGAAAAGAAAAAAAAAAGGAAAGAAAAAAAAAAGGAAAGGAAAAAAAAAAAAGGAAAAAAAAAAAAAAAAGAGAGAGAGAGAGAGAGAAAAGAAAGAGUGAGGUUACUAGUGUGUAGAAGGAAUCAUGAACGAUUGAGAAAAGAAGGGACUACAAAUGUAUACAUGUCACAACACAUGAAGGGAAGUCCUAUGGACUGUACGAUACACGAGCUUUCAGAUUACGCUACCUGACUGGCAAUCCGGCCUCCGCCGUUCGGCACCUAGAGCAACAUUAUGGGCUGAGGGCGCCUGUAAGCCCCUCGGAUUUACAGAUCGGCCUCCCAGCGCCGAAUUUUCUCUCACCACGACCGACUCUCCUGGCUCGGCAUGGUGAUCAUUUGGAAGACCGGCCUCAUCUCCGCUCCUCGCGGAUGAGAACUGUUGAUUAUUUAUUUCUGAUCGGCCCCCAACGCCGACAUCAUUACAUGGCCACCGACCCUCUGGUACGGUGCCAUUAUCAUAUUUGAAGACCGGCCUUGUCCCCGCACUGCGCAGAUAAGGACCGUUACUUGUUCCUUUCCGAUCGGCCUCCAGUGGCGACCUCAUUACAUGGCCACUGACCCUCUGGUACGGUGCCAUUAUCAUAUUUGAAGACCGGCCUUGUCCCCGCACUGCGCAGAUAAGGACCGUUGCUUGUUCCUUUCCGAUCAGCCCCCGGUGGCGACCUCAUUACAUGGCCACUGACCCUCUGGUACGGUGCCAUUAUCAUAUUUGAAGACCGGCCUUGUCCCCGCACUGCGCAGAUAAGGACCGUUACUUGUUCCUUUCCGAUCGGCCUCCAGUGGCGACCUCAUUACAUGGCCACCGACCCUCUUGUACGAUGCCAUUAUCAUAUUUUGAAGACCGGCCUUGUCCCCGCACUACGCGGAUAAGGACCGUUGCUUGAUUUUCGGGUUGGCUUCUCAUUGCCGACAUCAUCAUAUCACGAUCGGCCUGUCGGCACUACGUGUUUAUCAUCUUUGAAAAGCGGCCUCGUCCCCGCACUGCGCGGAUGAGGAGCGUUGCUUGACUUUCAUCAUGGCUACAUUUUGUGGACCGCUACCGCAGUUGCUGCCGCUGUCCUUGAGCAGAGGGCGCUCGCGAGACCCUUGGAUUUAUUCAUGUCUUCAUAUCAUGAUCAGCCCCACGGCACGACAUUAUUUGCUUAGGAGGCAUCUUCACAUUCCGUAAAGUCUCACCUCGAUCGAUAGAUACCACUUGUCUCGAUCCAUGGGGAGCCAUCAUCUCAGGAAAGAAAAAAAAAAAAAAAAAAAAAAAAAAAAAAAAAAAAAAAAAAAAAAAAAAAAAAAAAACGGACGGCAUGAAGCGCGUAGACGUUCAUGACUGGAAACAAAGAACAACCAGUCGACGGUAACAAACCGGACGGCAUGCAUCUGAAACAUGGUGCUCGGGGGCGCAGCAAGCAUUAAACAUUGAUGACUUGCGCGUUCAGGGAACAACCAGUCGACGGUAAUGGACCGGACGGCAUGCAUCUGAAACAUGGUGCUCGGGGGCGCAGCAAGCAUUAAACAUUGAUGACUUGCGCGUUCAGGGAACAACCAGUCGACGGUAAUGGACCGGACGGCAUGCAUCUGAAACAUGGUGCUCGGGGGCGCAGCAAGCAUUAAACAUUGAUGACUUGCGCGUUCAGGGAACAACCAGUCGACGGUAAUGGACCGGACGGCAUGCAUCUGAAACAUGGUGCUCGGGGGCGCAGCAAGCAUUAAACAUUGAUGACUUGCGCGUUCAGGGAACAACCAGUCGACGGUAAUGGACCGGACGGCAUGCAUCUGAAACAUGGUGCUCGGGGGCGCAGCAAGCAUUAAACAUUGAUGACUUGCGCGUUCAGGGAACAACCAGUCGACGGUAAUGGACCGGACGGCAUGCAUCUGAAACAUGGUGCUCGGGGGCGCAGCAAGCAUUAAACAUUGAUGACUUGCGCGUUCAGGGAACAACCAGUCGACGGUAAUGGACCGGACGGCAUGCAUCUGAAACAUGGUGCUCGGGGGCGCAGCAAGCAUUAAACAUUGAUGACUUGCGCGUUCAGGGAACAACCAGUCGACGGUAAUGGACCGGACGGCAUGCAUCUGAAACAUGGUGCUCGAGGGCGCAGCAAGCAUUAAACAUUGAUGACUUGCGCGUUCAGGGAACAACCAGUCGACGGUAACAAACCGGACGGCAUGCAUCUGAAACAUGGUGCUCGGGGGCGCAGCAAGCAUUAAACAUUGAUGACUUGCGCGUUUAGGGAACAACCAGUCGACGGUAACAAACCGGACGGCAUGCAUCUGAAACAUGGUGCUCGGGGGCGCAGCAAGCAUUAAACAUUAUGUCUUGCGCGUUCAGGGAACAACCAGUCGACGGUAACAAACCGGACGGCAUGCAUCUGAAACAUGGUGCUCGGGGGCGCAGCAAGCAUUAAACAUUGAUGACUUGCGCGUUCAGGGAACAACCAGUCGACGGUAACAAACCGGACGGCAUGCAUCUGAAACAUGGUGCUCGGGGGCGCAGCAAGCAUUAAACAUUAUGUCUUGCGCGUUCAGGAAACAAAGAACAACCGACAGAAAUUAACCGAACGGCUUGCACCUCAAUUUUGGUGCUGACCUGUGGCAUAUGAAAAACAAACCGUCGUG